GGAGGAGGAAGAAGGGUUGAGGGUGGACGGCUAUGGUGGAUGGGUGUGGGUGAUGGAGGAAGGAGAAGGGUUGGGAAGGUCCGACUAUGGAGGAUGGACGUGGGUGUGGGUGAUGGACGAAGAAGAAGGGUUGGAGGUGGUCGGCUAUGGUGGACGGGUGUGGGUGAUGAAGGAAGAAGGAGGGUUGGAGGUGCUUGCCUAUGGUGGACGAGUGUGGGUGAUGGAGGAAGAAAAAGCGUUGGAGGUGGUUGGUUAUGGAGGACGGGUUUGGGUGAUGGAGGAAGAAGAAGGGUUGGAGGUGGUCGACUAUGGUGGACGGGUGUGGGUGAUGGAGGAAGGAGAAGGGUUGGGGAGGUCCGGCUAUGGAGGACGGGUGUGGGUGAUGGAGGAAGGAGAAGGGUUGGGGAGGUCCGRCUAUGGAGGACGGGUGUGGGUGAURAAGGAAGAAGAAGGGUUGGAGGUGGUUGGCUAUGGUGGACGGGUGUGGGUGAUGAAGGAAGAAGAAGGGUUGGAGGUGGUUGGCUACGGUGGACGGGUGUGGGUGAUGGAGAAAGAAGAAGGGUUGGAGGUGGUUGGUUAUGGAGGACGGGUGUGGGUGAUGGAGGAAGAAGAAGGGUUGGAGGUGGUAGGCUAUGGUGGAAAGGUGUGGGUAAUGGAGGAAGGAGAAGUGUUGGGGAGGUCCGGCUAUGGAGGACGGGUGUGGGUGAUGAAGGAAGGAGAAGGGUUGGAGGAAGAAGAAGGGCCGGACGUGGUCGACUGUGGUGGACAGAUGUGGGUGAUGGAGGAAGGAGAAGGGUUGGGGAGAUCCUGUUAUGGAGGGUGGACGUGGGUGAUGGAGAAGGAAGGAGAGUUGAAGGUGGUCGGCUAUGGUGGACGGGUGUGGGUGAUGGAGGAAGGAGAAGGGUUGGGGAGGUCCGGCUAUGGAGGAUGGACGUGGGUGAUGGAGGAGGAAGGAGGGUUAAAGGUGGUUGGCUAUGGUGGACGGGCGUGGGUGACGACGGAAAAAGAAGGGUUGGAGGAGGUCGGCUAUGGUGGACGGGUGUGGGUGAUGAAGGAAGAAGAAGGGUUGCAGGUGGUUGGCUAUGGUGGACGGGUGUGAGUGAAGGAGGAGAAAGAAGGCUUGGGGUGAUCCGGCUAUGGGGGAUGGACGUGGAAGAAGGCCCGUUCGA